GCUGCCCUAGAAUCAGUCCUGCAAGACCUUGGCCACGAUGACGGCACGAGCAGGAGAAGCAUCAAGAGAGCCCGGGAUGAGCAGGUCGCAGUGGAGACCGACUUCGGGCACUUGCUGAGCCACAUUGAAGUGGAUGUGCUAGAGAAAAAGCAAGUUGCAAAGGUGUCAUUACCGAUCCUGAACAUUCGGGCCUUUCUGGCACAUCUUUGCAAGCACCCUGGCACUGCAGCAUUCUUCGCGAGGCGACGUGCAGAACUGCCAAGCUCGGCUGAGAAGGCAUGGCGGAUGUGCCUAUAUUGUGACGAGAUCACUCCGGGGAACCAACUACGGUCCACGAAUCAGCGGAAAGUCCAUGCUUUCUACAUCAGCUUCUUCGAGUAUGGACCAGAGGCUAGAUGUCAAGAGGAGGCAUGGUAUUGCACCUGCCUUUGCAGAAGCCAGCUGGUCAACAAGAUGGUCGGGGGCCUUUCGGCAUUAACCCAUGCCAUCGUCACCAUGCCUGACUUCGCAGCAUUGCCGAAUGGAUGCUUGCUCACCCUGCCCAGUGGAGAAAGGCUAAUGUUUUUUGCUCGCAUCGACACGUUCCUUGCAGACGAAGGUGCCAUCAAGUUAGUCUUUGACAUAAAGGGGGCCUCAGGUAUUCUCCCAUGCGGUCUGUGUGCCAACGUCGUGGGGAAGACUGGAGUGGAGCAGCACGAUGCCUCUGGUUCUCUGUGUACGAUUGCAUGCACCGAUGUUCGUCGCUUCAUCUUCAAGACGGACGACGACAUAUAUCAGGCACAUGCACAGAUGGAAGCUAUGCAUGGACGAUGCUCGCAGGCACAAUUCGAGCAGAUGCAGAAGGCUUGUGGAAUCAAUUUCAACAUGCAGGGUGUUAUUGCAAAGAAAAGUCUGCCCUUGGUGCAAACAUGCAUGUAUGACUUCAUGCACAUCUAUUUCGUGCAUGGAUUGUUUCACCUAGAAACUGGCAUGCUUCUACCACAACUAUACCAUGCAGGUUGCUCACCGGAGGCUAUCUUGGAUUUCAUGAAAUCCUUCACCUGGCCUCAGAGCCAGCAGGGGAUCAUCAAGGAAACCCCGCAGUGCUUCCAGAAGAAGAUCGAGAAGAGCGAGGGCUUCAAGGGGAGUGCCUCCCAGUGCCUCAACUGCUACCCUUUGCUGCGAGCAUACGUGCUGAGCCUGGCUCCCGGGGCCAUCAGUGCAGAGGUGAAGAAAGCUUGCAAAUCCUUUCUCAAUUUGUGUCUCGUUCUUGACAUGCUCAUGGAAGGCAAUCGUGGCCAGGUGCUUGUCCCAGCAGAACUGCAGAGGCUCAUUACCCAACACUGUCAGGGGUUUAUGGAAACUUAUGGACCCGAGAGUGCGAUCCCGAAGCUGCACUACUCGAUGCACUUGCCGAUGAUGCUUGCUGCAAAGAAAACAUUGGUUUCUUGUUUCACCCACGAGCGAAAACACAGGGCCAUCAAGGAGUUGGCCAACCAUCUGAACAACCCGGGCUCAUGGUACGAGGCAUCGAUGAUGAAGGAAGGUCUAGGCAAGCUUCUGAUGGCAAUGACCAGCGGACCUGCAUUUGCUAUGGAAGCCCAUCUCAUCUCGCCAAAACUGGCAGAUGAAAAUCUGUUGCGAGUGCUCGCUCAGACCUUCGGCCUUGCAGGUGCUCACAAUGCACAGGCCUCAUCUCGUGUUCAGGCUGCACCGGGGCAAGUCUGCGCAAAAGGCGAUUUCGUGAUCUUGAAAGCCGGUGGAGUUGCAGAGGCCUGGUUGUUCUGCAGGUUGGGAACUGGAGAGUUGCUGGCUUUGCUCACCGAGUUUGAAGCAUGUGGGCGAAACGUUUUCAAGAGAACGGCAGCCGAUGCCCGAUUUAUGCAGGUGGUUGACAUUAAGAGGGCAUGCCUCGUCAAAAGACUGGGGGCCGACAAAGUGCAGGUUGUGCCUUGA